CAGGUGUGACCACAGGUAGGACGCGCUUCAAUACUCUAACGGUCGUGGGAUAUUAUUCAUAGCUAGGAUUUGUCAUCGUUUUUGAAUUACACAGGAAGGGAGUAUGUGAUGUUGUGAAUUUUCGAAUUUCGAAGUACUGUAAGUGAAUAUUAAAGGAUUGAUAGAAUAUACCUGUGAGGUGUACGAUUUGUGGACAAAUCCAGGUAGGAUCUACCUGGUUAUCGAUUCCUAAUUAAUACUGGAUCACCGUACCACAAUAUAAACACAUUCAAAAUGGCGGAGUCGGUACGGUUUUCAAAAACAGCCAGUGUUGUGAGUUUUGUGAUCUUACUUUUUCACGUUGUGACAUCGUCCACAAACACACCAGUAAUAGUCCCAGCAGACGCCGGGGUGGGGUACAGUAUUUUAAAACUUGAUUGUGAUAACUCUGACCUACAGUUAAGAACCAAAGAUGUGUUUGGGGAUUUUUAUGAGAAUUUUGUGAUGACGGAGUCCGGUGAUUUGGUCCUCAGAAGACCGGUCUCUCCCCUGGGGGGACAGAGCUAUCAGCUGACCGUUCUAUCCCACAGGAACUGUUAUGAUAACGUCCCCAAGAAACGGACGUUCGACAUCCGAAUUAGGAGCACGUCCGAGGUGUUCCCUCAGAGACUGUACACAGGGUACUCCGGGACCACCGAUAUCCUGGGCUCACUGGUCACUCACCUGUCUAACAUACAGGUGAGACCAGAACCCCAGCAGGAAUUUGUUUUACAGGGGUUUUAUUCCGACUAUUUUACCAUUCUGCCCUCAGACUUUAAUGAUCAAAUCAGGGUUGUUCUUAACAAAGAAUUCCCCACAGACUUCCCUAAACGUGCUUUUUAUUUUACCCUUUUAUCCAAAGUUGGGGAUGAUGUUCGAGGCCACACCGGCAUCGAGAUUUUGCGAGUGGAAAACCCUCACCAAAAACAAACACAAUCUCGAUCAGUGUCAAACAAUAACCCGGGGUCACCUCGCCUUACUGCCACAUUUGAUCAGGAUCUGUCAAACAGCGCCAGUUCUCACGCUUUACGUUUGCGACGUCAAGCCUCCGCCACGACCAGCCAGCAGACGGUGGAGGUCUACGAGGACACCAAGGGGGGAGCGGAACUCUUCUCCGUGGACAGGAGCCAGGUGGCCGGGGACAACAUCCGGUUUGAGAUUCGCUCAUCAGAACCAGAAGACGUUUUCUCUAUUGACGUGGACACCGGGAAAGUGAGCCUAAAAUCCAACGCGAAGCUGGACUAUGAUUACGGCGGCGUUCAACAGUACGUCAUUACUGUUGACGUCAAACGUCAGGAUGACGGGACAGCCGGGCCGAUCUGGACAGUCCUUCACGUGGUCCAGAUAACGGCGAACAUCCUUGACAGGAAUGACGAACCCCCGCGAUUUAUCACUAAACCUGUCCCUUAUCUGGCUGUGGUGGCAUCCAAUGCUCAGGCGGGAGUGUCCGUGUUCAGGAUCGAGGCUGAGGACGUGGAUGGGGGCCCAGGGGCUGUCAAGUACUACAAAGAGAACGUGGGAAGUAGCCCGUAUUUUGAGGUGGACAGAGACACGGGUGAGAUUCGGACAACGGAGGCCAUUACUAGCGGAUUGGACUACGUCAUUAAAGUAUAUGCCCUAGAUUCCAAGGCAACGGUCCAACAGAAGACCGGCCCCGUCGAUAUCAAUAUUCGCCGUGGACAGCGACCUCCACAGUUCUACUCCUCAUCCUAUGUAGCGUCCGUCGAAGAGUCCAACCAAGCAGAUCAAACUGUUACAGAGAACAGGUUCCAGGCGUUCGAUGUGGACGGUAAUCCGGUAGCCAUUGAGGCCAAAAACUUCCAGUCCGGCGGGGCGACGCGGUACUCUGUGUACGAGUCACUAACCGCGAUAUCGACACGGUUUGCAGUGGAGGAGGGUAAGGUCAAGACCCUGAGGACCCUGGACUAUGAGAGUGACCAGCGCACCUUUGAUCUGACCGUGAGGGCCGAGGACACACUCUCAGGGUUCAGCAGUGACGUCAAGCUGACAGUUCACCUCCUGGACAGAAAUGAGUUCACUCCCUUGUUCAGUAAAUCCACCUUCACAGUCACCGUGGAUGAGGACAUUCCAAUAGGAACCAGUGUAAUAGAAGUAUCUGCCUCAGACAAGGACGGUAGCACUGUACUGUCGUACACAGUGACCGACCCGACUUUCUCUAUUACCACCACUGGUAAUGGACAAAAGGGAGUCAUCAAGACCAAUGGGACUCUGGAUUAUGACAGGAAGUUUCCGCAUUAUUAUGAAUUCAAAGUGAUCGCCUCAGAUAAUGGAGCAACCCCUCGUACAGCAGAGGCGCGAGUUAUCGUUACCACAAAUAAUGUCAACGACCAGGCUCCGCAGUUUGACGACAACAAGGUGGCCACUCUGAUGGGCAAUGCGGAGCCUGGGACCACUGUCAUAAUCGUCCGUGCAGUGGAUGAGGAUGGGGAUGCCGUCACCUACAGUUUUGAUGGUGGCAUGACAGUGAAGGAUGUUUUUGAGAUUGACCAAUCUACGGGAAGAAUCAGUCUGAGGGCGGGGCAGACUCCCCCCACAGACCGGGACCAGAUCUUCCUGAAUGUCACAGCCAAGGAUGACGGAUCGUGCUGCAGUAACCCUGUGCGGAUCCUCAGUAGCACCGCGCUGAUCACCAUUAACAUUGAGGACGAGGAGAACCAGAAGCCCAAGUUUGAGAACUGUAACUACUCCCCGUCCGUCAAGGAAGAACAGGACCCAGGGGUGGAGGUCGUGAAGGUGACAGCAACAGAUCGUAACAGAGGACAGAACGGUAAACUAGAGUAUUCCAUCACCAGCAUCAAGGAACUGGGGGACAACCAGGAAAAGAACUACUUCAGGAUCAACUCCACCACAGGUCAAAUCUACACCAGGGAAAAACUUGACAGAGAAACUCAGUUCUCCAAGAAUCUGUUUAUCACUGUGAAAGUCCAAGACAAGGGAAGUAAUCCGCUGGAUGACUACUGCACUUUUCCUGUCAAUAUCCAAGACAUCAACGACAACGACCCAAGCUUUGGUACGAGUGAUUACACGGGUCGAGUACUAAAAUCCGCACCGGUGGGGACAAAGGUACUAACUAUCAAGGCCACGGACAAAGAUCUGGGAAGUAACGCUGACAUUAAGUACUCGCUGAUUGAUAACCCGAACAGUCUGUUCCGCAUUAACGCAGACACUGGCGACAUAGAAGUCAGCGGAUCUCUGCUGGCCACAGACACCAGCGUCAUUCUGAAGGCCAGGGCAACAGAUCAGGGUAAUCCGCCCCGGAGUGGGGAUGUGACGGUCACCAUCUCCUUGACGACCGAUUCCAGCGUCCUGCCCCCUCUGUGGAACCCCAUCAAUCCGACCUACACUGUAAAGGAGUCAGAGGGCGUUAACUUUGUCAUCGCGACUCUGACCGCCCAAAAUCGUAUCGACGUCAUCCAGGAUCCCUCCCUCAUCUUCAACAUGGUGGUGAAAAACAAUGGACAGACCGAGCUGUCGGACAGAACGGAGAAGUUCCUGAUUCGCAGCAGUGCAGACACGGUCAACCUGACCAUCCUGGAAAUUCUUGACUACGAGACUCAGAAGUCCUACACUCUGAACCUGAGAGCAGCGAAUGUGUACGAUACACCCAUCAACAGUGACAACUAUCCAGUGAUCCAAGUACAAGACGCCAACGACGAGAUCCCCAAAUUCCUGAACAUUGACCCUCAAACAGGAAACAUAGGACUGAAUGUGCUAGAGAAUGAGCCGGCAGGGACCGCCGUACAGAGUGUCAGUGCUAUAGAUGCUGAUGAAACGGAGGCGUUUAAAACAGUGACAUAUGCCCUGAAUCCCAACGGAGGAACUACAACCAAUGAGUUUCAGAUUGACCCAAACUCGGGCAUGAUCAGUUCUCGCAUGCAGUUUGAUAGAGAGACCAAGGAUUUCUAUAUACUAAAGGUGUACGCCAUCGAUGGGGCUCCCUCCUCCAGGGGGACAUCAGGCGCCCACAAUACAGGAUCGGCGGUGGUGAGGGUAUCCAUUAAGGAUGUAAACGACAACGAGCCGUACUUUGAGCAGGAGCUGUACACGGCCUCGGUCAGGGAGGACUCCUUCACUGGACAGUCCAUCAUCACCAUCGAGGCCAAGGACCGUGAUGAGGCCAAGUUUACCUACUCCCUGUCUGGUUCCAGCCUCUUUGCUGUCAAAUCUGGGACGGGGGAAAUUUAUGUGGCUGGAAAUCUAGACUACGAGACAGAACCAAAUGUAUACAAUGUAACGUUAGUGGUGAAUGAUGGGAAAUAUAGCAAUCAGACCACGGUACAAAUCACCAUCAUCGACACAAACGACAACACACCCAAGUUUGACCAGAACACGUACGUCGUCCGAAACCUGAUAGAGGAGACGGUUUACAACAAGAUUCUGAUCACGGUGAAUGCCACAGAUCCAGACAUCCACAGAAAUCCAACCAAUGAGAUCGAGUACUCUCUGUCCCAGGAUGAUGCAGUCAUCAACAGCCUGUUCUCCAUCAACCGGAACACCGGCGCCAUUUCCAUCAAUGGAAAACUGGACCGUGACCAACCAGACGGGCGGGACGUGUACCAGUUUACCGUGCUGGCCGUUGAUGAGCCGGCCGCAGCAUCACACCUGACUGGUUAUGCUACGGUUCAGGUGUUUCCGCUGGAUGUCAAUGACAACCAACCUAAAUUUGAUAGCAACUCUCUGAUUGGUUCUGUCAGAGAAAUGUCUGGCGUUGAUGUCUCUGUGAUGACGAUCAUUGCUAAGGAUUAUGACGAAGGGGCCAAUGCCAAGGUCACUUACCUUAUCACCCCGGGGACACAGGAGCCUAGCCCUGCCUUCAAAAUCAACAACGCAACGGGAGUGGUGGUGACCACAGUUGGCGACCUUGAUAGAGAAAAGAACCCAGUCUACACAUUUCAAGUUGUUGCCAUGGACGCAGGAACACCUCCACUGUCAGCCACUGCCACGGCAACGGUCAACAUCAAAGACAUCAACGACAACAACCCAGUGUUUGAGAAGAAGAUUUACUCGGAGACGAUUCCUGAGACCCAGGAGGGAUUGAUUCUGACCAUCCGAGCCAACGACCUUGACAUUGAUGAUACUCUGACCUACAGCCUGAUUGGUGCCAAUGACAGAACCCACUUCCAGAUCACGGUCGAUGGCCGUGACGGACGGUUGGAAGUCUACACGAAACCUGACUAUGAGAAUCCUAGCCAGAGGUUCUUUAAUCUGACGGCAGAGGUCUCCGAUGGUCUGAAUACAGACAUUGCGUACAUCGAGAUCACGAUUCAGGACGUGAAUGACGAGGUUCCAAUCAUCAUCCCACAGAACGUGGAGAUCAGUCGACAGGAAGACUUGAGUGUCGGAGAAAUCCUGGCAAAGUUCCGGGCGACCGACAGAGACCAAGGCAUCAAUGGACAGUUUGACUAUUUUAUUUCUCGAAAACCAAUAGACGAGAGGCCGGACUACUACUUCAAGAUCGAUCAAUCAGGGCUCAAUGGCACCGUCAGUCUAAAGAACUCACUGGAUUACGAGGCGGUACCUAAACACAUCGUACGAAUCCUGGCCAUCGAUAGAGGAUACCCACCGAACACAGGCACGGCCACUCUAACAAUUAAUGUAGGCAACAUCAAUGAUAAUGGACCCACCUUCAGGGCUGUACCUACCCCCAAGGUCAUGGAGGGGAGCCCCCCUCAGUUUGUGACCACCCUGUAUGGAGAAGACGCGGACGGUGACCCCUUUGGAGCCCCCUUCACAUUUGAACUGCUCUGUCUUGCCAACAUUUGUGACAAAUUCUCCUUAAAUUUCAACCCCUCUGGAGAUAGUGGUAAAGGGAUCGCAACCAUCAGGUCAAAGGUCGAGUUUGACAGAGAGGAGCAGAAGUUUUACUACCUCCCGAUUAAAAUGACUGACAUGCGAGGCCACGCCCAGCAGUCCACCCUGGGAAUGACGGCCACCACGACGCUGACCAUCGAGAUCGGGGACGAGAACGACAACCCCCACUCCCCCGCUCACCAGAACAUCCAUGUCUAUAAUUAUAAAGGACUGUUUGGUAACAUUGACAUUGGACAAGUGUCGGACACUGACCUAGAUGACGAUGAUAUAGAUGACAAAACCUUCACCCUCCAGGGGGACAACCAAGGGAUGCGGUAUUUCAAGGUAGACAAGGAUUCAGGUAUGGUCCGAAUGUUGGAACACGUUCCCCCGACAACCACUGGGUACUUAUUACAAGUGAAAAUCCAUGACCGAGUAUUUAGCACCCUCAAUGUAGUUUCCACGGUGAGAGUUUACAUCACAGAAUUACCAGAGGAGGCCCCGUAUCGUUCCGGCUCAAUCAGACUCACAGGAACUACCCCUGAGGAUUUCAUCAAGAAGCCCUCUGGUGGAGAAAGCCCAUACACAAAGUUUCGCAAAAGAAUGCAAGAGAAGUUAAAAGUCCCAGAAAUAGCCAACGUCCAGAUUAUUUCUGUACAGAAGACUAAUGUGGACGGCGAGGAUUACACAGACGUUAGGUACGCAGCCUACGGAUCUCCGUACUUCCAGGGAAGUCAACUGGACGCCAUUGUCAACCAGAACAGAAAUGAGUUCCAACAAGACACGGGAGCCACCAUUGCUAUGGUUGGAAUAGACAUGUGUUAUCGGGAGGUGUGUGAGGGAGGGGGAUGUAACAACAAACUCCUGGUCUAUGACGAGCCCAACAUGGUGACGACUGACGGACAGUCUGUGGUGGGAGUGAAGACCGGGGUCACAGCGGAGUGUGCCUGUACCGUGUCCACUAAUGUCCGCUCCUGUACCCCUGACUACUGUCAGAACGGAGGGACAUGUCAGACCAACGAUUGGGAUGUUAUCAGCUGUAAGUGUUUGGAAGGGUUCGAUGGUCCGCGGUGUCAGGUGACCAAGCAAGGCUUUAAUGGGACAGGCUAUGCCAUAUACAACCCCUUACAGCAGUGUGAGAACUCCCUCACCAGCAUAGAAAUCAUCACCACCAAACCCAAUGGUCUGCUCUUGUACAGUGGGCCUGUCAGCAACAUCGACGACAACGCUUCCCAAGACUUCAUGUACCUACAGCUGAUUGGAGGGUACCCACACCUGGUGAUGGACCACGGGUCAGGAAAUGUGACCUUGACCUUAAAUGGUAAUAAUGUGGCCGGUCAGCGCAAAAUGAAUCCACUCAGUGACGGAAGCUGGCACAGAAUCGACAUUAGAAGACAGGGCAAGUAUGUGACAUUGACAGUAGAUCACUGUCUGUCAGCUGACAAUGUGGAGGGGGAGGAUCAGGACCGAUCGCCCUGUGAGACUAGUGGCCUGACGCGCGGUGAGAACAUCUUCCUUAAUGUUAACGCCCCCCUACAGAUGGGCGGACGAUACGUAGCACCAAGUUAUCCAACAGGUGUCACCAGCGAGAAAUUCAAGGGCUGUGUCCGCAACAUGAGGCACAAUGGAGAGCUGUAUAACCUGUACACAAAAAACUUCUACCCAGGGAGCAAAGAUGGCUGUCCAGAGGAGGACAAUGCCUGCACUGGCUCUGUCAAUCAGCCAAAGAAAUGCGGAGACAAUGGGCGGUGUGAACUGGUGGCACUCCCUGGAACCACGCGGUGUGUCUGUAACCCAGGCUUCCGCGGAGACAUUUGUGAAACAAACACGACCCACAAGUUUUUCUUGAGCCAGAGCUACAUGGACUGGGGGCUACAGCAACAGUUCCGUGACAGUCUGGUCAGCAAGAGAAUGGAUGUCCAGCUGAUUUACCGGACGCGUGACACCAACGGCAUGAUAUUCCACGUCACGGGCGAGGGCAUCGGAGAAUUUAUCAAACUAGAGAUUGUGGACAAUGUGAUACAAGUCUUGUACAAUCUUGGAGAUGGUAACAAAGUUCUACAGAUGGUUAAUGUGACAGCAGCCGACGGUUUUUGGCACACCCUGUACUUCCAGCGCCGGGGGCGGAGCAUUGUUCUGUCUCAGGAUGGAGGGGAGGGUCCAAUGUACGCAGAAACCAUCGCUGACUCCAAACACCAGGAGCUCACUGUCAAACAGACCCAGAUCUAUGCAGGGGCAGAGGUCAGCUACGAACACUCCAAGGUCAUUGACCAGACCAACGCCAAGGACCUGGAGAACUCUUGUCUGACGGACAUCCGCAUGGAUAUGAAGUGGUUUCCAAUGACGGCGGCAGAAAACAGCCAGAAUGUGGACAUCAAGCUGGUCGAUCAGGCGGAAACCCGGGACAGCUGUUUCCGUGACGACUGUGCAGGAAAUAUCUGUGCCGUCAACGGCAGGAUCUGUAUUCCCUUGUGGGGCAUGCAUAAGUGUGUGUGUCCCCCCCAUCACAGUGAAGUGGGACAGUCCUGUGUUUUCAUUGACUACUGCCAGACCUCCCCCUGUCAUCACCAGGCUACCUGUGUGUCGGACAUCAACAACAAAGACUUUGGCUACACCUGUAGAUGUCCAACUGACAUGGAGGGUCGACUCUGUAAUGUCUACAAGCAGCCGAAGGUCGAUACUAAUGGCCCCGACAAUGCGAUGAUCAUCGGGGUUGUCAUUGGCGUCGUCCUGCUGCUCGUUCUGGUAAUCAUCGUGGUUUUCUUGCUCAUGAGAGCUCGAAACAAAGCAACUGAUCAGAAAAAUAUCCUGAAUUACGAGAAAGAGGACUACGACAUCCGAGAAAAUAUUGUGGACUAUGAUGAAGACGGAGCAGGUGAAGACGAUCAUGAAGGAUAUGACAUAAAUCGACUGAGGAAACCUGCUGACAUGACGCGCAUGGAUAAACCAAUAAUGGCCGCCCACAGUCGACCUCUCAAAUCUGGCCAGCCAGGAGGUACAAUAGGAGAUUUUAUCACUGAUCGUCUUGACGAUGCUAACCUUGACCCCGAUGCUCCUCCCCACGACACGCUACGAGAUUUCCAGUACGAGGGAGAGGGAAGUGAUGCGGGCUCACUGAGUUCCCUGAACACGACAUCCUCAGGCGGUGACCAAGACUACGACUUCCUGAAUGAAUGGGGACCAAAGUUCUCUAAACUAGCGGACAUGUACAAUAAUUACGAGGACGAUUCUGAUCAGUGAAGUCCAUAAAACACCAAAUACUACAAGUCGCAGCAGUCAUCUCUUCCGAAUCAAAAGUUUUCAUUGAUUCUUGUUGCAAAUUCCUUAAAAAAAAUUUCCUUGUACUCAUAUUUACUUGAAGAAAUGGAAAAUGAUCAAACGAUGAAUGAUUAAGAAUUUCAAAUUACAUGAUACUGUUUCUUUAGUUAAUUUCAGAAUAUAAAAAUUAAUUAGAAAUAGAAAUGUUAUUUAAUAUAUGCAUUUACAUGUAUCCGUUUAUUUUAGUUAGGACAAUACUCAUUGAAACUGUGUUUACACUUAAGGGUAUAUGAGAUUUACUUUGUACAAGACUCAAGAUCAAUUUUACUGUGGAUUUUGUAAACUUUUAUACAGAUGUUUUUGUAUUAUGUGUCCAUUAUAAAUGGAUGAACCACUUUUGUAGAAUAUUUGUCCAUUAAUCAGUCCAACUGUCUCUUAUGACGCUAAUCUAACUCCCUGGUUACCGGGCUCUGUGUGUGAGUGAGGGUCACAGCUUUGCUAGGUGUUGUCAUGGUAACCUACACAAUGUAAACAAACUGUGAUAGCGGACCCUGUGUAGUUUAUCUGUGUGUCUGUCAGUGCUAUUUGUACAUUUAUGUAGCCAUUAUUUGUAAGCAAGUUAUGAUUUGGUAUGAAUGAAUGAAUGAAUUUGAAUGGUGCAGUUUUGUAGUAAAUUUUUUUCUUCAAAAUAUGACAUUACUAUAGUCUUUGUUCAUUUAAAUGUUAUUGUAUAAAUCAUACAAACUAUGCAGAUCUGUACCCGAUUAAUGCCAUUAACACCCCCAUUUUUUUAAUUAUGAUUUGAUCACAUCAAUCCACUGCUGAAUAAAUGAGUCAUUCACCAUAUUUUAUCAGUUCAGGGGUGUGGUUUACCAUAAGUAUCAUCGUGUGAAUGUCGCAUAACUUGUUUUACUGGAGAAAUCCUUUAUAAUGAUAGACUAGGUUCUGACAGACUUAUGUUUCCCUGUAUGUUCUGUCACAUUCCAACCAUCCAAACCAGAGUUUUUUAUUCUGAUGAAAUUUGUGCAUAUCAUGUGUUUUUUUUUCUUUAUGCCUUCAUAGUACAUGGUUGUUUUUGUAGAUAUAAGUCAUAAUAUUUUUCUAUUGUUUAUCAUUUAACUUAUUGUCCAAAACAUAUUUUAGAAAUUAAGAUUUAAAAAUAAAUUUUUCUACAUAUAAA